CUUCUUAGCGUGUCUAUUCUAUAACUGGUCUAAGGUCUCGAGUGACAAGGGGAUUGGUCUGCUUUGGUUUUGGUUUUGGCUGUGUUCGUGUGGACUGUGGUUAUUGGUGUGACGUGUAUUAUCUUUUAGAAAUGUCGCGCUGGCCAGUGCUAAUUUUGGUAUUGUCCACGUUUUUUAUUCCCUUCAAUAAUGCUGCAACAACGUCAUCUUCUUUCUUGUCCACUGCCGAUAGAGAAAGGUUGAAGCAAGUUUUUAUCUCAGCAUGGAAUCUUGAAGAUAUUGCAUCCGUGCACUAUUCCAUUCUUGGGUACAAGCUUCUAUCAUCUCCCCUGCCCAACACUCAGGCGGUUUGCAAAUUUUUGCUGGAUUCAGCAAAUAAAGAAAGUAGUUUGGAAUCUUACUAUUACAUUUCUUCUGCUUUGAAAACAGUUGGAAGCUGCUCCGGGUCUCUGCCUAACAACAAGUUUGUCGAGGCUGCUACGAAAGUACUGAAACAAGAUACCACUGGUAUUUAUGAUCUCUACUAUGCCGUCCACAUAUACAAAACCUAUGGUCAGUCUCUUUCACCAUACGUUACCAACAUAAAAAAUAUCAUCCAGGCUCUUCUUAAGAAGGAUGAUGCAAUUUCUCACUUGGCCUACUCGUUCCACAUAGCGGUACAACUUGGUAAUGAUGGCAAGUUUGCCUUUGAUCGAAUUGAAGAUGCUCUGGUUCAAGCUGAUGAAGUUGAUGGUCGCUUCCUACAAUUUGAGGGUGGUCUCAGCAUUACAGCUCUAUUGAUUAGUGGAGCGUACAGAUUGGCCCAGUCUGUAAAUACGGCACCUCCGAUCUCCGGCGAUCAGGCGGUCAAAUUCGCCAACUAUUUCCUCAGCAGACGAUCUGUGCAAACUACUAAAGGCGCUUACAAUCUGCUCGAUGUCAUCACCAUCCUUUCCGACAACAAGUACCAUUUACCGGUUGCGAUCACUCUAGCUGGCCCAGCUGUUGUAUCGUUGGCUGAGCCGAAAGUGUCGGUUAAGGUGUCUGACCUGCUAGGCCGCGCCCUGCCCUCCGGACCCCUCCAUGUCACUGCCGAAUCAGCCACUAGAAUAGCCGAUGACGUAGUUGUGCUUUCCAAGAAGAAAUUCGAACAGAGUACGGCCGAUUCUAUGGUGCAUACAAUGAAUCUGAUGGAGGUGAAGCCGGAGCCAGGCCUGUACAAAGUGACAGUGAAUGCGGUGCCUUCGAAGGCGGAUGCGAGGCUGGUUGGCAAUGUGGGCAUCACUCUGCCCAUCAAGGUCAUGUGCUCGGUCACCGUCGACUCAUUCGAGAUUGGCGUCGGCGACUCUGAUCAGACAACUCAGCCCAAGUUCGACAAGAUUGCUUACGAUAGCAAAUUAGGAAAGAAACUGGAGAUCGAUACUCUACAGAAGCUUGUCAUUAGAUUCUCACUGAAGGACAAAGCUACUAGAAAGCCGAUGGUCGUUCAUCAGGCAUUUUUGAAAUUCAGCAAUCCCACAACAAAGCAGGAAAUCAUCUUCAUCGCUGAGCCUGAUUCAAACAAGAUGUAUAAAUUUGACUUGGAUGUUGGAGCCAAACAAGGAGACUUUAAACAAUUGUCUGGAGUUUACGCAGCUGAAUUGAUCAUUGGAGAUGUUGUGAUUACCAAUUCCUUCUCUUGGCAUUUCGCUGAUGUGAACCUGAAAUUACCUCUGGAUGCAUCCAAACUUCCGGCGCCUUACAGUAUGCAUAAACCAAAACCAGUGAUUGAGCAUUUAUUCCGUGAACCUGAGAAAAGACCCCCUGCAUUCGUCUCAAAUCUUUUCACUGGAUUGGUAUUCGUUCCAUUCUCUGUUUUGAUUGGUCUGUGGGUCAAACUUGGAGUUAAUAUCUCAAACUUUCCAUUCUCUUUAAGUGCUCUUGGAUUCCAUGUUGGACUCGGAGCAAUUUUCGUCCUGUUUGGAUUCUUCUGGUUGCAACUGAACAUGUUCCAGACAUUGAAGUAUUUGCUUGGCUUGGGUGUUGUCACGUUUUUGUGUGGAAACAAACUUCUCACUAAAAUAGCUAAUAACAGGAAACAUCAUUAAAUUUUUCUUUUUUUUUUUUGUAAAGCUGGGAGAGACAUUCAUUCCAAUGUGUUCAAUAUUUUUAUCCAGUUUCCUGUAACUUGCGAACUUUGAAUGAUGUGUUAAAAUUAUUGUUGAAUGAGUUGUAUGUAGAAAUCGAUAAUUUUAUUUUGUUAAGAAAGUGAUUACUAUUCAACUAUGAACUCAAGUAUUUGUGCACUUAUCUGAGAAAUUUUAGCAUAAUUUUCCGAAGUUAAUUUUAGUGUUGGUGAUAUUUUUUGUAAGAAUAUGGAACUAUCCAAGUACUGUUCUGUGAAAUUUGUCAACCUUCCUUCUACUCAUCAUCUACUUCACUAGAUGUAAUUACUUUAUUGUUGACUGUCUAUCAACUUUAUUUUCUAUAUUUAUUACAUUUCAGUGUAAUUCUCUAACUCUAAUUCAUCCAUUUGGAAUUCAUUGUAUUAAAACAUACUGUGCUCAAAUUGAAUCGCCUUGUUUUCAGUCUUUCUUUCUACUAAAUCGUCUCAAAUGUAUAUUUGUCAUAAACUCGAUCAAUCUUUUCUCGAAAUAAAGAAAGACGAUUCUUAAAAUUA